AUGGAGCAAAACGUAGUUAAGGAAGAAAUCGAUAUCCACGAUGAUUUUGUUUGUAAUAUAAACGUUAAACAAGAAUUAGUAGACGAAGUGCCUACUUUUCAAAAUGUAGUUGAUGGUAGUAAACAUCACAUUAAACGGGAAAUAAAUUAUGACCUGAAUCCAGUUCAAGUAUUAGAAGAACCUAUGAUUGCAGAUGUAACAAAGGAAGACACCUUUCAUGAGGUUAAAAUAGAGCACGAUAACAUCGAAAACGAACAUUUACGCACAGGAGAAAAAUCGUUCAAAUGUGAUAUUUGUUUGAAAUCGUUUUCGAGUAGGAGUGGUUUCAGAAGACAUUCACUCACUCAUACUGGAAAAAAACCAAUCAAAUGUGAUAUUUGUUCCGUAUCGUUUUUAUGGAUGAGUGAAUUAAAAAGACAUUUACUCAUUCACGGACGAGAAAAACUAUUUAAAUGCCACUUAUGUGGGAAAUCGCUUAGUCAGAAAGGGGACUUCAAGAGACAUUUACAUGGACACACGGGAGAGAAGCCAUUCCGAUGUGAUAUUUGUUUGAAAACAUUUUCCGAAAAAAGAUAUUUAAAGGAUCAUUCAUUCAGUCACAGAGAAGUGAGAGAAAAGCCUUUUCAGUGUGAUAUUUGUUUGAAAUCUUUUCUGAGGAAAUGCCAACUCUUAACGCAUUCACGUAGUCACACAGGAGAAAAACCGUACAGAGAUCAUUGUUUGGAAGUUUGUUAA